GCAAGUGGGGCAGCAUCCGAGCCAGCGGGCGCAUGAGCAGCUACGCCCUGAACGUGGAGAUUGGGUCGCGCCUGGCUGGGACGGACCUGCUGGGCGCCCAGCACAACGGAACCCCCUCAGGGGUGAAACCGGACCCGCUGCAGCACUGGGAGGUGGUUCCCAUCGAGGUGUUCGACGUGCGGCAGGUGAAGGCCAGCUUCAAGAAGCUGAUGAAGGCCUGUGUGCCCGGCUGCCCCUCCACUGACCCCAGCGUCGCCUACUUGCGGUCCCUGGAGGAAUCCGAGUGGCUGGCCCCCACCCAAAGCCUGGAGGGGCCCAGGUCCGUCCCCGCGAUCCAUAAGAUCCUGCAGAUUUCGGUGUUGGUGGUGGAGCUCCUGGACACGGGCUCCUCUGUGCUGGUCAGUCUGGAGGACGGCUGGGACAUCACCACGCAGGUGGUCUCCUUGGUGCAGCUGCUGUCGGACCCCUACUACCGGACGCUGGAGGGCUUCCGUCUGCUCGUGGAGAAGGAGUGGCUGUCCUUCGGGCACCGCUUCAGCCACCGCGGGGCCCAGACCCUGGCUGGCCAGAGCAGCGGUUUUGCUCCCAUCUUCCUGCAGUUCCUGGACUGCGUACAUCAGAUCCACCUGCAGUUCCCCAUGGAGUUCGAGUUCAGCCAGUACUACCUGAAGUUCCUCAGCUACCACUACAUUUCCAACCGUUUCCGGACGUUCCUGCUGGACUCGGACUACGAGCGCAUCGAGCUGGGCCUCCUUUACGAGGAGAAGGGCGAGCGGAAGAGCCAGCAGGUCUACAAGUCCAUCUGGGAUUACAUCGACCGGCUGAACAAGAAAGCCCCCAUCUUCUUCAACUACAUGUAUGCCCCUGAGGAUGGGGAGGUGCUAAGGCCGUACAGCAACAUUUCCAACCUGAAGGUAUGGGAUUACUAUACGGAGGAGACUCUUUCCGAGGGCCCCUCCUAUGACUGGGAGCUGGCGCAGGGGCAGCCGGAGCACGUGGAGGAGGCGGAUCGGCAGGACACCAGUGCCCCCCAGACGAAGCGCAAGAUCAUCUGGCCGUGCUACGACAACCGCAGCCGCGUGGAGCCCGACGCCAUCUCCAAACUGCUGGAGGAGCUGCACAACCUGGAGAUGGAGCUGGGGCAGGUCCCGGAGCGCUGGAAGGACACAUGGGACAAGGUUAAAGCUUCCCAGCGCACCGAGGCGCGGCAGGAGGGCAGCCGGACCCCCAGCUCCCUGCUGAUGUCCUCCGGCCUCUCCCACCACCGGCGCUCGCUGGGCGUGUACCUGCAGGAGAGCGGGGUGGGCUCUACCCUCAACCUCAGCCUCGACAGUGACACCAGCAGCACCUCCACCCCCUCCAGCGGGAAGCAGGGCGGCCGCAAGAGCACCAGCACGCUCUACAGCCAG